AUAUUUUUUAAGUAAACGUGAAAGCUCCUCAUUUGCUAAGGGCGGCUAAGUUAUAGUGAGCUACAAAGCUUGUUUUAAGCUUUAACUCCCAUUCUGUAAAACCGUAAAGCUUUCAGAUGGAAUUCAGUUCCUGUUCAUGGCACGAAUCUACAACUGUUGUGCAAAGUGCAGGAUUUCCCACAGGCUGAUGCGUUCUCUGGUGUAAAUAGAAGAAAACAAAUACAAUUUGAAGCAAGCUAAAUUAAGUAUAAUCGAAAAAGACAGUACUUAAAAUGAACUAAUUCAAGUGGACAGUUACUAAAUAGCUUUAAAUAACAACUUACAGUAAACAAGCAAGCAAGUACUGAAAUAAAAACAACGGUUUAAAAUGCAUUCUGUGGGUAUACACUCUGCCAUGGCUAUCAAGCGGCAGCGAAAACGUCGCGAUGAGCAGAAAAGAGCCAAGGAGAGACGGUAUAGCACUCAAAGUUCUGAAAGCGGUGAAACAUUCCAUUCGCCAAGUGGAUCUGUCCGCCGUAAAUAUCAUCAUCCACAUCAUGCUGUCAAACCUGGACCAGGAAUGUUGGACAGCCAGGUCGUAACCAGCAUCGGAAUGCUGCACAUUGGCAUUGUUUUUAUUGUCUUUGGCGUAUUUCUUUGUGGAGCUGGAAUUAUACCAGAUGAAGCUAUGUCCUGGAAUGUAUUUAGCUCGAGCUCUGCUUGGUGGAACGAGGUAACAUGCACUGGCCUUUUUUCCUUCGGACUAGGCCUAUUUUUACUGAUUCUAAACUGCCUUAUAAGCCGCAAAGAAGAGGAGGACCUUGAAGACUAUGUGCAACGGCAGCUUACAAGAUCACGCUCUGGUCACCGACUUGAACGAGAUGUCGAGACAGGCGUAUUAACCACGCGUCACGCACGAAAAGCUGUUGCAUUGCAGAAGAACGGACGGAAUGGCUUACCCUCGCCAACGGAUGUAGCUGUUGUCCAUUGUAGCUCAUCGGAGAAUAUUUCAAAUGGUCAGAUUGUCGGGCGUAAUGGUCUAAAUAAUUCUGGGGAUAUAUUACUCGAAAAAAUUGUGGAGGAGGAUACACCGUAUUUGAACGAUCAUAGUACAGCUAUUUCGCCAAUAGAAAUCGAAAAUGAUACAAAACAACUUUUAAGAAGGGAAUCAAUAACAGAUGCAAUCAAUAUAACGCGCAUAUAAAAUGUUUACUUAUGAAAACAAAACAAAUUUUUUUUUUGUUUUUAAUUAUUAACGUUAACGUUUAAACAAUC